UGCCUCCAUUGGUAGAGCGAAUUUCCCAUGUGCAAUCACAGCUAAGUUCACAAACGAAAAAUCUGUGAAGCUGAAAACUGUGCAGGAAGUGUGUAGCUCUGCUAAUUGGAAUAAAAAUGCAGUGAAAAGUGUAAAUUAAUAGCAGAAACAAUAUACAAAUGGCGAUCCAAAAGCCAGGCGAGUGGGCGAACUCACUUUUAGCCCGUUUUGAGGACCAGCUCCCCAAUAAAAUUGGUUUGCAUGGCACCCAAGCGCGCCUAAGUCAAGAUCAACUGACCGCCUGUCUCAUACAAAUUUCCCGUUAUCGCUUCUCUCUUGUUAUAUCUGGACUCACCAAAAUGUUGCAGCGAGUUAAUGAGGCGUCUAUACAAAGUCGUCACGACGCUGAGCGUUGUUAUUUUGAGUCGCUAGUCAUUAUACUAACAACACUGGAACGCUGUUUAGCUAAUCAAACAAAGGACACGGCACGUUUUGAGGAGGCAAUGAAUGUUAAACUACUUUUACGGGAGAUUUCGCAAUUCAUCGAUGUACAAAGUGAUAAUAACCCAAAUGCGGCGCAAUUGAAAUCUAUUGCAUCAAGAGUGCUCUUCGCACUUUCACAAAAUCAUUUUUCAGCGGUAUUUAAUCGUAUUUCGGCGCGCAUACAGGAACUGAUCAUAUGCUCAGAUGAGAACCCUGACUGUUGUGACAUUGAAUUAAUACAACACAUUGACAUGGAUAUAAAUAAACUGACGAAACUUUUACAAGUGACCAAGUCAAGAUCGAAGAAGGCACCACCGUUGAUUUUAUUGCAUUCAUUGGAGAAAGCCAUUUGGAACUGGAUUGAAUACCAUCCACAUGAGUUUCAGGAUCUGCAACGUGGCAUUGCAACAAAGGAUAUGUCUGGCUGCUGGGAAACAUUGCUGGAAUAUGUGGAGGCAUAUAAAGCUGAAAAUAAAAAGAACAAAACCACCGUAUGGCCACUACAAAUGCUAUUGCUUAUACUAAAUCCAAGCUGCUUGGAAGCUACCGUCAAUGAAUUGCAACAAUGUGAAAAGGAGAAAGAUAAGGAAAAAUACCGUGAUAAAGAUAAAACCUCAUUAGCGCAAAACUUUUCACAAACUUCACGCGACAAAGAACAAUCUGCUAAACAGUUUAUUGAGGGUAUUAAACGCGGUUUGGGACCACACUCGCCCUCAAAGCAAGUGACUGAGUAUGCCACCAUUGCUUGUGUUAAGCUAUGCAAAGCCUCAACUUAUAUUAAUAACAACGAUUCUAAUAAUGUGCUCUUCAAAUUAGUGCAGUAUGUCAUUAACGAUUUGAAAGCGUUGCUUUUCAAUCCGGUCAAGCCAUUUUCACGAGGUCAAGCGAAUAAUUAUGCCGAUAUUGAGCUUAUGAUCGACUGUUGGGUGUCGCUAUUUCGCAUAAAUCCACAUAAUAUCGACACGUUGAAAGUAUGCCUCAAUUUGUCUUCGCCGCAGGCCUAUCACUUUGUUAUUGUCUGCUCUUUGUUGCGAUUAACACACAUACAUGUGGAUUUUCGUCUACAAAAUAAAAACUGUUUUCGCGCCAUACAUCAGCCAAUACUAUCUUGGUGGGCCAAAACUAAUGUCGUACACUAUCGUUCUGCCGAAUUGCGCGCACUCUUCACAGAUACCUUGAAUAAGGCCACACAAGGUUAUAUAGCGCACACGCCAUUGCGUAUGAUAACAUCGCUGACGCUGAAAUCGAAAGACACACAGAAAGGCUUGACGCGUUCCGAAGAGGGACCUGCACAUAAAAUGCUACUUCUGCUUUUAGUGCGACUUAUACAUGCUGAUCCUAUGUUGCUUUUAAAUACACAAGGCAAAGUGGCACAUGAAAUGCAAAGUUCCUCGCUCGAACUCAUCAAUGGUCUGGUGAGUCUCGUGCACCAACCCACCAUGCCCGAUGUAGCGCAGGAAGCCAUGGAGGCACUAUUAGCUUUACACUCAUACGACAAAAUCGAAUUAUGGAAUCCACAGGCGCCUAUGAAUUGUUUUUGGGAUGUUAGUUCACAGGUGCUGUUUUCGAUUUCACAAAAACUCAUACAACACCAGAUUGCCAACUAUACGGAUGUGCUGAAAUGGAUGCGUGGCAUACUCAGUUGUCGCAAUGACUAUCUGCAGCGGCAUAAGAAGUACGCGCUGGUCGGUCAUGAGCUACAAAUCUGUCGUCAGGCGCGCAUUAAACUGGAAGUGGUGUUCUUCAUGUAUCUUUGGUCAGUUGAUUUGGAUGCAGUGCUGACUUCACUCUCCUGCUUCGGUCUCUUAUGUCAAGAAUCGGAUAUUUUGUUGACGGCAGAUGAUUCGGCGACUGUCUUGCCUGUUGCUAAUUAUCAAAUCUAUCAGGAGCUUACACAAUUAGCAAGCUCGGAUACACGCAUAUGUUUUUAUGAAACCAAUCAUGGCAGUGCAUACAAUCGUCUUGCACUACAGCGACGCAUGAUGAAUUUGUUGCGUAAAAUCGAACACUGCGUUGAUGGCGUACAAACCGCAUGGGAGGAAACCUUCAGAAAUUGGGAACUCACUAGCAAAGUAUUACAAACAUAUCCCAAAUGCAAAAGUGACGAUGUCCAAGCAGAGCUCUUCCAUCGUGGCGUUGGCAAGCGUCGCGCCAGUCAUCAAAGUUCCGAACAUGAUUUGGAGGAACACAUCACCGAAUGGGCGAACAUGACGUGGUUUCUGCUAACACUUGGCGGUGUCUGUCUGCAAAAGCGUUUGGCUUCACGUUGGAAGCAAAUGCAAUUACAAAAUAAUACCGCAACUGCUGGUUCCAGUAGCGGCAUGCCAGCAACGAGCAAUCUCCUGCAGUCACACACCAGUUUGGCGCAAUCACAGAGCACUCUAGCACCAUCAGGCAGUUUGACUUCGCUAUCCACGAUACCAGCAGUCUCGCUUUAUUCGCUGUACUCGUGCUCCACCAGCUCCGGACGUGGUUCGCUACUGCAUCCAAGUACCAUAUCAUUGACUACGAUUGUGCAGGUGCCGCAGCAAGAUCUGCACUAUUGUCCGGUUUCACAAUUCAUCGGUCAACUGCUGCGCUUGUUGGUGUGCAACAAUGAAAAAAUCGGCUCGAAUAUACAGAAAAAUGUCAAGGAUUUAAUUUCGGAAGAAAUGACUCCACAACUCUAUCCCAUACUUUUCGAUCAAAUACGUGCAAUUGUCGAGAAAUUUUUCGAUCAACAGGGCCAAGUGAACGUCACCGAAAUCAAUACCUUCUUCAUCGAUCACAUUAUACACAUAAUGAUUUCGAUACUAAAUCCUCGGCCCGUCAAAGAUCCGAAUAAUGAGCAAGUCGCUAUUUCCGAGUACCUGAGUGUGACGAGCAUUGAAGGCAUGAUGCUGGGCAUUGUGCGUUAUAUGCGUCAUCGCGAAAUGAAUACGUCAGGGAUACGCGCCAAAGCGCGUGUAUGUAAUUUGGUAGAGUUAAUGAUUAGACGACGUGAUGAUUUAGCUUUUCGGCAAGAAAUGAAAUUUCGCAAUAAAUUAGUAGAGUAUUUAACCGAUUGGGUAAUGGGCACCUCACACCAGAUACUCCCGACGCCCAACGAACCGCCACCAUCAAAUCCCGGUGAAUUAUUCCGUGAUCUCGAUAUAGCUUGUAUGGAAGCAGUAGCCGCUUUGCUACGUGGACUACCUUUGCAGCCAGAAGAAUCUGAUCGUGGCGAUUUGAUGGACGCGAAGAGCGCACUUUUUCUCAAAUACUUUACGCUUUUCAUGAAUCUCCUAAACGACUGUAUUGACAGCACUGAGGGAGAUAAAGAACAAGUUAAUCCACCGCUACUCCCACUGCAUCCGCCAGUUAAUGGCAAAUUGGGCGCGCUACGCUCUUCCACCAUACAAGCGAUGUCGAAUCUACUUGGUGCCAAUAUCGAUUCGGGUCUAAUGCAUUCCAUCGAUCUUGGCUACAAUCAGGAUUUACAAACACGUGCCGCUUUUAUGGAAGUACUAACGCGCAUUUUGCAACAAGGUACUGAGUUUGAUACGCUCGCCGAGACUGUGCUGGCCGAUCGUUUCGAGCAGCUGGUCCAAUUGGUCACCAUGAUCAGCGAUAAGGGUGAGCUGCCCAUAGCAAUGGCGUUGGCGAAUGUGGUGACCACUUCACAAAUGGAUGAAUUGGCACGUGUGCUGGUAACACUGUUCGAUGCCAAGCAUCUACUCUCACCGCUCUUGUGGAACAUGUUCUACCGCGAAGUGGAAAUAUCCGAAUGUAUGUCGACACUCUUCCGCGGCAAUUCGCUUGGUAGUAAAAUAAUGGCGUUCUGUUUUAAAAUUUACGGCGCAAAUUAUUUACAAAACCUAUUAGAGCCGCUAAUACGACCGCUGCUCGAUGAUCCGUCCACAAGCUAUGAAGUGGAUCCAGCAAGACUUGAGCCCGAUGAAGACUUGGAGCGCAAUAAAGAGAAUCUAAUGUCACUCACCAGAGUCUUCUUCGAAGCGAUACUCACUUCAGUGGACCGUUUUCCCUCACAAUUGCGCUCAAUGUGCCACUGCCUCUAUCAGGUGUUAAGCAAACGCUUUCCCACCGUCUUGCAAACCAAUAUCGGCGCAGUGGGCACUGUAAUCUUUCUACGGUUUAUAAAUCCAGCUAUUGUCUCACCACAAGAACUCGGCAUUGUUAACCGCCAAGUACCGGCUUCAGUGAAACGCGGCCUCAUGUUGAUGUCCAAAAUUCUGCAAAAUAUCGCCAAUCACAUUGAAUUCUCUAAAGAACAACAUAUGGUUUCAUUUAAUGAUUUUCUGCGUGCACGCUUCGAACAGGGUCGUCACUUUUUCGUACAAAUCGCCUCCGAUUGCGAGACUGUGGACCAGACAUCGCACAGCAUGAGUUUCAUCUCGGAUGCAAAUGUUUUGGCCUUACAUCGGCUGCUGUGGACGCAUCAGGAGCGCAUUGGUGACUAUUUGUCGAGCAGUCGUGAUCACAAAGCUGUGGGCAGACGUCCGUUCGAUAAAAUGGCCACACUACUUGCCUAUUUGGGGCCGCCAGAACAUAAACCAGUGGACUCACACAUGAUGUUCUCGUCCUAUGCGCGUUGGAGCUCUAUUGAUAUGUCGUCGACCAAUUUCGAGGAGAUUAUGGUGAAACAUCAAAUGCACGAAAAGGACGAAUUCAAAAGCAUAAAAUCCAUGAAUAUCUUCUAUCAAGCUGGCACAAGUAAAGCUGGAUUGCCUGUAUUUUACUAUAUCGCCAGGCGUUACAAAAUCGGUGAAACGAAUGGUGAUUUACUGCUCUAUCAUGUAAUACUCACGCUCAAAGCAUUAUGUCACUCACCUUUCGAAUUGCUCAUCGAUUUCACGCACACCUGUUCGGAUAAUCGCUUUCGCACCGAAUUCCUACAGAAAUGGUUUUGUGUGCUGCCAACCGUUACCUAUGAGAAUUUGUACACUAUUUACAUUUAUAAUUGUAACUCAUGGGUGCGUGAAUACACCAAAUUUCAUGAACGCGUACUAGCGCCCAUAAAGAGCGAUCGCAAACUAGUGUUUAUCGAUUCGUCCAAUAAACUCAAUGAAUACAUCGACACUGAGCAACAGAAACUGCCGGGCGCCACAUUAUCGCUAGACGAAGAUCUCAAAGUAUUCAAUAAUGCGCUCAAGCUUAGCCAUAAAGAUACCAAAGUUGCUAUCAAAGUCGGACCAACUGCAUUGCAAGUGACGGCAGUGGAGAAAACCAAAGUGUUGGGGCACUCAGUACUGCUGAACGAUGUCUAUUAUGCUUCUGAGAUUGAAGAAGUUUGUCUGGUGGAUGAUAACCAAUUUACGCUCUCCAUAACGAAUGAAAGCGGCCAACUGAGUUUUAUACACAACGAUUGCGAUACCAUUGUACAGGCCAUUAUACAUAUACGUAAUCGCUGGGAGUUAAGUCAACCCGAUUCGGUGACGGUGCAUCAGAAGAUACGUCCCAAAGAUGUGCCCGGCACACUUUUGAAUAUGGCAUUACUUAAUCUAGGCACCUCUGAUCCCACCCUACGUUUGGCUGCCUAUAACUUACUCUGCACGCUCACCGCCUCUUUUGAUUUGAAAAUCGAAGGUCAACUAUUGGAGGCACACGGUUUAUGUAUACCCUCGAAUAACACAAUUUUCAUCAAAUCCAUCAGUGAGAAAUUAGCCACCAAUGAACCACAUUUGACGCUCGAAUUUCUGGAGGAAUGUAUACAAGGCUUCCAGCGUAGCACAAUUGAGUUGAAGCAUUUAUGCUUAGAAUAUAUGACGCCGUGGUUGAAUAACCUAUUGAAAUUUUGUAAAUCCAACGAUGAUGCCAAAAAACUGAAAGUCGCACAGAUUUUAGAAAAAUUGAUUUGUUUGACAAUUGAACAGAAGGAGAUGUAUCCAUCGGUGCAGGCGAAAAUUUGGGGCUCUAUUGGUCGCAUACCCGAUCUAGUCGAUAUGGUGUUGGACAAUUUUCUACAUAAAUCCCUUCAAUUCGGUUUGGGUUCGCCGCACGUGGAGAUUAUGGCCGACACCGCAGUAGCGCUCGCCUCCGCCAAUGUGCUGUUGGUGUCGAAGAAGAUAAUAACGCGUAUGUGCCGCGUCUUGGAUAAGACUUGCACGAAUCCAACACAGUUUCUGGAGCAGCAUAUGAUGUGGGAUGAUAUUGCGAUACUGACGCGCUUUCUACUAAUGUUGUCUUUCAAUAAUUGUCUGGAUGUUGUCACACAUUUGCCAUAUCUAUUUCAUAUUAUCACAUUUUUGAUCUGCUCCGGUUCGGUGACAAUGCGCGCCUCCAUACACGGUCUGGUCGUCAACAUUAUACACUCGCUAACUACUUGUACUAAACCGAUUUUCUCUGAAAAUGCCAAGCGUGUGCUGCGUAUAGCACUCGAAGAAUUCUCACUAAACAAAUUUUACGCGCUGUUCGGUAUAAGCAAAGUCAAAUCGGCUGCUGUUACAGCUUUCCGCUCGAGCUAUCGUCAUCCAUCCGACAGAUGGUUGGGCAAUGAACGCGUAUGUCAAAUGUUACCAGCCGAUGUUGAGCGCAUUACAUUGCCGUCUCUGGAGGAGGUGGUCGAUGCAUUGUCGGAGAUAAUGUCGGUUUGUAUGCCGGAUGUGCCGGAUUGCCAAUGGCUACAGACAUGGACGACAUUGUCGCGCAGUUUCGCCUUCUGUUACAAUCCGGCGUUAGAACCACGUGCACUCAUAGUUUACGGUUGCAUUAGUAAAACCAUAACGGAUCAAGAGGUGAAGCAGUUAUUGCGCAUUUUGGUAAAAGCGCUGGAAUCAUUCAACGACAUUGUACUAAUCGAGGCUAUCGUGUUGUGCUUAACGCGUAUACAACCGCUACUGAGAAAUGAGUCGCCCAUACAUCGCGCGCUAUUCUGGGUUGCUAUUUCGGUGCUGCAGUUGGACGAAGUAUCGUUGUAUGACGCCGGUUUAGCGUUUCUCGAACAAAAUCUGCAUACCCUAGAGCGUCAGGGUUGCUUCGAUCACGAGAGUAUCGCCGAUGUUAUGAUGCGUACACGCGAAAAACUGGAGUGGCACUUCAAACAACUCGAUCAUGCAGUUGGUUUGUCAUUUCGUAGCAAUUUCCAUUUCGCACUCGUCGGUCACUUAUUAAAAGGUUUUCGUCAUCCCACACCUUCAACUGUCUUUCGCACAUCUCGCAUACUCGGCACACUGCUGAGUCUUGUCGCCAAACCUUUUCAUCGCGACAAAUUCGAGGUGACACCGGAUAGCGUUGCCUAUUUGACGGCUUUGGUAGCAGUCUCUGAAGAGGUGCGCUCACGCUGUCACGUCAAACAUGCCAUACCACGGUGGACCACCGAAUUGAGUAUUAUUGAAAAUGGUGAAACGCUCUUCUAUGGCAAUCAGAAUACACUUGGUAUGUCGCUACCACGUCGCCAAAAGUCCUGGGAUAUGCUUGAUCAAUCCGCUUUACAAUUUGCGCGUCAUCACAAAGGACCAGCUCAUCAGGAGCGUGGCUCGCGUUCAUCUGUCUCCAAUGAGUCCAAUGUACUCUUAGAUCCGGAAGUGCUCUCCGAUUUGUCCACACAAGCGCUGGUAUUAACCGUUUUGGCCACUUUAGUGAAAUAUUCAACGGAUGAGAAUGAGACACGCGUGCUAUAUCAGUACCUGGCCGAGGGUUCGGUCGUUUUUCCCAAAGUUUUUCCAGUCAUACACUCACUGCUGGAUCAGAAGAUUAACAAUAUACUCUCAGUAUCACACGAUCAAGUCGUGUUGAACUCAGUACAAAGCAUCAUACAAAAUAUGCUCGCCAGCGAGGAUCCUUCACAGCAGCAGCUACAUUUCUUGCAAAGUUGCGGUUUCGGCGGACUCUGGCGUUUCGCGGGACCCUUCACAAAGUACACCAUGAUGGGUGAAUCAUCUGAAUUAUUCGUCAACUGUUUGGAGGCUAUGGUUGAGACAUGCUUGCCAGGUGAUGAGACUGUGCCGGUGCCGCCGUCACCACGUCCAUACAAUUUGAGUUCGAGCCUCAGCAGUCUAACGUUAGGUUCACCAACUGAUAAAGCUGCAUGAAUAACAACCAGCCAACGCGGCCGACAUCCGACAUUAUUCGCACGAGUAUUUCGUUUUCUAAAUUUCUUCAAAAAAUGUUUUUAAAAGCCUAAAAAUUUUUAUCACACACACACCCAAAGGAGGGAAGAGCCCAUAGCAGUAAGAACGGGCGCAGAAAGUAAGUCCAAAUUUUAAUUUCAUGAACAUGAGUGAGAACAAAUAUUAGAAGACAUGAAUGAAAAAUUCUCAAUUGAGAACAACUACCAAAAGAUGUUGAGAAAAGCGUAGAGGCAAAGCGCCAGGAAUGUGUCAAGGAAAUAAAUUGUUGAAUUUUUGAUUUCCGCUUAAAUAUAGGGUUAGCGUAGAAAGAUUUUGACCGUCGAACAAAGAAAUUGAACAACUUAACCACCAGCAACGAAUUUAGCUGUAAUAAAACAACAAAAGUAAAAGCAAAACUGAAUCUAAAAGUAAAAGAGUAAAUUGCAGGAGCAAAGUGAAAUAUUAUUACAAGCACACAUGCAUUACAUACACCAGCAACUGUGUGUGUGCCUGUUAAAAAAAAAAAACCAACAAAACUAACUUAAAAUUAAAUAAAAAUGUUUUAAUAAAUAUGUAUGCCUGUGUGUAGUAAGUGUGCUUGUAUUAACUAUUUACGCGUGUAUGUGUGUCAUGUCAUGCUUUGAAUGUAACUAACGCUUUGUUUUGUUUUUUGUUAUACAUUUAACAUGUAAGCUUUUAAAGUUACUAAUGCAAAUUACUUACUUAUCUAUAAAAUCAUCGAUGUGGUCUUACUAAUGCACAUUAACCACUUCCUAAGCACCGUUAGAUACCAUAAAUUUAUUGCGAAAAAACAAAAGAAAAAAAUUAAAAAAAAAAAUCCAACUGGAAGCAUUGCUACGGGUUCAAUAUUUUCAUUUCAAAUACGAAAAGCAAUAAAAAUUACAAUUGCUAACCAGUUUACAGAAAAUAUUGACAAAUCUGCAAGCUAAUAUUGACAGAAAUUCCCGCCUAACCCAACGCAUCCCAAUGGUGUUUCUACCGCGAGUUUUCGUUAACUUCCGUAAUUUGACUCACUUCUCGAAGCUAGAACCUAAAUUCAUUAAUUGUUGUAUCAAUUUACUGAUCUCAUUCCACAUCUUGAUCUCGAACCACUCCUUAGUCAAAUAGAUCCGGAUUUCAGUGAACUGAAACCAUGUUUAGCCGGACAGAAACGACCAUAUUUUAACAAUCCAGUUAUCAAAAUCGCUUUCGAACAAAAAGAAACUGUAAGAACUUUACACUAAAGUUGCUACUAUACAAUUACUAAAAAAUAAAGUCAGUCGGAUGUAUUCGGUACAUAUAUAGGACAUAUCAUCCUUUAACCCACUUAAAAUGUUUUGAAAUCUAAACUAAAAAAACAUCUAUGGAUUAUUUAAUAGCAAUAGCAACCCGAUCAUUCGAGGCAAGCUUCCAGUUGGAUCAUCAUAUUCAUACAACUAAAAAAAUAUUUUCUUUACAUUUUAUAAGAAAUCUAAAAAUUAGCACAACUUACAUACAACAUUAUAACUCGGCUCACAAAUUUUACUAAGUCGUUAAGUUCCUGCACCAUAUCUACUAAUAUAUAGAUACUCGUAUUACUCGUACAUACUUAAAAUGUUUACUACUAAAAAGCUUCUCUAGCUAAAAACUCAACUAUUUAUUAUUAUAUUUCUUCUGCGAUAAUUUGUUUACACAUACGAAUCAUACAAUUUAAUUGUAUACGAUUUUAAAACUUUAUUUAUUAAUAUUCUUAAUAUUUGUAUAUGUCUUAUUUAUUGCUAUACUUUCUACCAAACAUAUAAGGUUGUAAUCUUGCAUCAAAAAUAUUUUCUUUAAUACUUCUUCGAAAACUUUUCUUUGUCAGCUGGUAAUACCGUUUUCUCUAUUUUUUAUAUAUCGAAUUCAGCCCCAUUACACUUACAUAUCCUUUCAUUGGAUCGAAAUUGAUCUCGAAGUUUAUCGCUGUGGAUCCUUUUUUGAGUAUAAAUUUUUUAAAACAGCCGCAUUUUGUUGCUUAUCUAAAAAGUCCCAGGGUAUUUUUCAUACGCCAAUGGUCAUAGAGGAUCCCACUCAGGCACAUUCGGUUGAAUAAUUGAUUUCUUAUGCUAGGACUUUAGUAAGUUCAAUCAUGGAAUUGAAUUUUUAAUUCUAAAUCCUUUCGGCGAUGACUAUAUAUAGUGACACUUUUAUAGUUGCUGUAAAGUCCUAAGAUAAAUGUACGGACUGUUUCUUGAUUUGCAUAUUCCGACAUGAUUGCUGAUUCCUAUUAUUCUGACACAUCUUUAAUUUGAUUGUCUAUCAUUUGAAGAAUUUAAUUACUUAUUUACAGUUCAUUUCUUUGAUUUUCGUUUCCGCCCGCAUCACAUCGUUUUAUCAUUCACUUAAUUUGUAAUUAUGUUAAUGAAACAUAAAAGGAUUUAUCAAAAAAUAACACGAAUACAAUCUUCUUAUCGUUUCUUUCUUCAUUCAGUCACAUUAGCCAGCCACAUACCCGAAAGCUUUAUUUUUUUUAUUGAGUCGAGUAAUGUGGUAAAGGACGAUUCGUCAUCGCCAUCUAUCAUCGGUUUUGUAUGAUCGUCACUACAUGUGUUGCGUAAGUGUAUGUGUUGAAUCUGAUAAUUCUUCGAUUCGAUAUCUAUCAUAGUUGAGUACCUUUGUAACGAUAUAUGGACCUUUGUAUACAGUAUUCAGUUUAUGCGACUCGCCUGUCACAUUAGGAUCGAUCAUGUUCCUAAGUCCCCGAAGUCGUAUUUUCGUGGUGGCUGAUAUCAGUUGUCAUAACGUUUUUUCCAUUUUGCCCUCUCUAUCAUGAUGAUUUCGACGUUUUCUAACAUAUUUUAAAACGUUGAGAACUGUUUUAUUUACUCGUUCGGCCUGCCCGUUGGUCCUCGAGUUUCGUAACUUGUUGUGUUGGUUACCAUGCCUAUCGAUGAACUCCUGGAACUGUUUCGGUGUGAAUGUCAUACCUAGAUCGUAAGUUAUUAGAA